AUGUCCAUAUACAGAGCCCUUCGAUUUACACGGCGACGUUUCGUCUCAUCCCUUUUCAGCUUCACUUUCUUUGCAACCGUUAUCACUGUCUCAGCGUCCAACAUCCUUCCUUGUCCCGCUCGUCCUCAAAGGGGUCGUUUCGCUGAUAGCGAUGAAGAGAGGAUGCCUGUAGCCGUCAGUGACGUAAAUGUCACGAAGCGACCUAGGAGAUGGAUAGAAGAAAAACAUCCGAAUUAG